UUCACACCGAGGCGAGAAGGGAGGGAAAGGCUGGCGCUUCUGGGUAUCUACUUCCUAACAUCAUCUUUGACAUAGAAUAUAUACUAACACAUAGGGGAACUACUAUAAACCAUCUUCAUUGCAUUAUCCAUAACAGCCAUUCUCUCCGCCCUCGACACCUCGGUCAUUUCUACCGCCAUGCCUACCAUCGUGCACGACCUCGACUCCAGCUCCGCUUACGUAUGGAUCGCGAACGCAUACUUCCUCACUAGCACUGCGUUUCAGCCGCUCUAUGGCCAGUCGGCUAAUAUAUUUGGCCGACGCAGUCUAAUUAUUCUCUCUGUUGUUCUCUUCGCCAUCGGUUUUGCUGUCUCUGGCUCGGCCAGAUCUACAAAUGUCCUGAUCGUCGGACGUACGAUCCAGGGCGUAGGCGGCGGGGGCAUCAACGUGCGAAGAGAGUCCAAGACCGAAAUGCACAACGCGUUGGCGAGCAGCGCGUUGUGUAUUUCGGUCUUGGACUCUCUUCUUUUCGCGUUUUGA